AUGGUUGGCUUCGACAUGCGCGGGUUGACACCGGCUCCCAUUACCCCGUUCACGACUACCGGCGAAGUCGACUAUGACGCCAUCCAGCGCCUGGGCAGCUGGCUCGGCAGCAUCAAUGGCGUCAAAGGGCUUGUCGUGCUCGGUCAUGCAGGAGAAGGAACUUUCUUGACGGCUGAGGAACAAGUCUCCGUCAUCAAGGCAUUCGUCAAGUCCGUCGACGACAAAAUCCCCAUCAUUGCCGGCAUCACGGGCGAGGGCACCGAAGUUGCUGCGUUGGAAGCCAAGCGCGCCAAAGAGGCUGGUGCAAAGGCUGGACUUCUCUACCCCUCGCAUGGCUGGCUGCGUUUCGGAUACCAGGACGGGGCCCCUCAAGACCGCUACCGCCGCGUGUACGAAGUCAGCGGCCUCCCGUUGAUCCUGUUCCAAUAUCCCGACAACACAAAGGCUACUUACAGCCUGAAGACGAUGCUCGACAUCUCGGCACAACCUGGCGUCUUUGCAAUGAAGAAUGGCGUCCGUAACAUGCGACGCUGGGACACGGAAAUUCCAGUCAUCCGUCGCGAACGACCAGACCUCCAGAUCCUCAGCUGCCACGACGAGUAUCUGCUGCAUACAGCAUUCGACGUGGACGGCUUCCUGGUUGGAUACGGAAACAUCGCCCCAGAGCCUCUGAUUGAGUUGAUCGAGGCAGGAAAAGCGAAGGACUACAAGAAGGCCCGGGCCAUCCACGAUCAGCUUCUUCCUGUCACAAAAAGCGUUUACCACCGCGGGUCUCACAUGGAAGGCACGGUCGCUCUGAAGCACGCGUUGGUGGCUCGGGGCAUUCUGUCACACGCCACAGUCCGUUCGCCUUUGCUCCCCCUUGAGCCGGGUGCUGAGGAGGAGAUUUACGCUGCCAUCGGGGCGGCUGCGUUGAGUAGGGUUGCUUAG